GACACCAAGCUGUCCAGCCAGACGCUCUCGCUGUCGCACUCUCACACGAUCCAGCCCGUGGGGGUGAGCUCCAUCCUGCGGAGCCACAUGGCCCCAGCGAGCAGCGCUGGCCCCGGGGACAGCCCUGUCCCCAAGCUGCUGGCCCUCGGCGCCGAGCGCGAGCAUGCGAUGGAAGAAGUUAUUGAAGACAUAAUCAAUAUGGAAUCAAAUUUUAAUGAUGAAGGGAUAGGUUGUUCUGAAACUCCUUUACUAAUGCAAAGAACUGGCUUUAAACUGCACACCAAUAAAGGGGAACUUCACCCUGAUGAAGGCAGGAGGAUUUUCACAGGCUUUGACAAUCUACCAAGUUUACUCAAAAUAAUCAAGUGCUUGAUCUUUAUCGCCCUCUGGAGGAACAUCUCUUCCUGACUUACAGAACUUCCCUGGCUCCAAAAAUACCUUAGGACACAAGACCUCUUCUCUUCUAUGUUGCCCCCUAUACAGUCCAGCAUUAAUGACAAUUAAAAGUUUCAUGAACACCUGAUAUUUGCAUGCCAUCUACAGAACUAGUGCAGCUGGACUGAUUUACACAUAUCUCAGUACAGAACAUAGCAAAGAAAUGGUCCCUGGGGAGUGAACGAAUAUUUUGGCUCCAAUUAAUGUGAGGCAGGGGAGGAUAAUUUCAGGUAUGAUAGUGAGGGAUGGUGAUGAGAGGCAUGAAUUCUGGG